AUGGCGCCUCUCAAGCGGUCCGGCUCAGCUCGCCACGCAGGAAGUGAACAGAGGCCAUCAACUGCUGCAGCCCCAGCUCAGGCGUCGUUUGCCUUGUCCUUCUGUGGGGGCGCGAACGAAGCUUCUCCAGCACGUGCAGUGUCGGGUCCUCGGCACGACGACCGCUCCAAUGCAAAGCCAGCGUCCAAACCACCCUCGAAGAACGUCAAGGUGACAAUCCAAGGGCCGUCAGACCAACAGCUUGACUUCGUCGAGACCCGCACCACUCCAGACGGGGUAUUCGUGAUGAAAUGGGCCUAUCGUCCCGCACAAACCGAAAGCUCUGUGCAGGAGCGACUCCCAGCGCCGCCGGAACGCCUCAGUCGAAAGGACGCCAUCGAGCGGGAUUCGAGGACUGAAGAACCCAGAUCGAAAACCCCUACCGCCCGACCUAGACGACCCGCGACGCAAAGCAACACAUCGAAGCCGAGGCACCAGAGCGUAGGGCCACGACAACGCUCACCGAGAAGGACCGAGUCGCGCGACCGAGCAAGUGACGAGCCGGCGCAGAUCCCCGGCCGCUCACGCUCCCUGCACGUCGCUCCCGACAGGCACCGGCCCCGGACGUCCCAGGAACCCCUGCCGAAAGAUCCCCCCAACAUCGCGCUUCGCGGCAAUUACUCACGACUCGGCAUGCUCACGCCUCCCUGCAGCGUCCCAGACCUGCCUACAGCGAUCAACUCGCAUCCCACGCCCCAAGGGAACGCCUACCGUUCCCCCCCGGAACGUCCCACCGCAACAUCCUCUCUGCCACCCCUCCAGCCCCCGCCCCGAACCUCCGCCGACAACCUCCUCCCUCCCGGCAACGACUUCCCCCGCCUCCGCCACUCCUCCCUGCGCCAGACCCACGACAACUCCCAGCGCAUGCCGGCGGCGGCCGUCCCCCUCCUCCCCCCGACUCGCCAACCGACCCCGCAUCCGAACCUCGGCAAGACGCUCAGCGACGGCCGCGCAUCCCUCGCGGCGGGCCGCAGCCACAGACACCCGCCGCUCGCCGCGAGCAGCGGCAAUUGCCUGGCGUUGCGGCCGCCGAAUUUCAACUCCCAUCGUGUGCCGUGCCUGGAGGCCGCGGCUGCGAUCCUCGGUGGCGCGGAGAAGGAGAAUCGCGCGCCGAUGAACCGGCUCGUGAAGAAGAAGAUCGCGGGUUAG